AUGAGACUCACCCCUUGUAGUCGAAAAUCAUGCUUGUCAUGGUUAUCAACCACAGCGCUCUCACUGUUGGCUGGGAGCACCUUGACCACCGCCAUCACCCUAGACCUACAAGAUCCAAAUUCCAUCAAGUCCGCUGCCUCUACCUGCGCAUACAAUCUCUUGACCUUCUACACGGGUAACAACACUGGGGAUGUACCAGGAAAUCUGCCUCAACCUUACUACUGGUGGGAAGCCGGAGCUAUGUUUGGCAUCUUGAUCGACUACUACUACUACACCAACGACAGCCAAUACAAUGAUCUCGUCACACAAGGCAUGCUAUGGCAGGUGGGGCCAGACAAUGACUAUAUGACGCCCAAUCAGACCAAGACAGAAGGAAAUGAUGAUCAAGGCUUUUGGGGCAUGGCUGCCAUGUCAGCUGCGGAGCAAAAAUUUCCAGACCCUCCAUCAGCCCAGCCUCAGUGGUUGGCGUUGGCGCAGGCUGUCUUCAACGAUCAAGCUAGUCGAUGGGACAACCAGUAUUGCGAUGGCGGCUUGAGAUGGCAGAUCUUCACUUUCAACACUGGAUACGACUACAAGAACUCAAUUUCCAACGGUUGUUUCUUCAACCUAGGUGCUCGCUUGGCCUUGUACACCGGCAAUGACACUUAUGCGCAGUGGGCCGAAAAGACAUUUAAUUGGACUCAAGCCGUCAGCUUGAUGGAUCAAAACUAUCAUUUCUACGACGGUGCUCAUACAACUCUCAAUUGCAGCGACAUCAACAGGGUCCAAUGGACCUACAAUGCAGGAGUAUUCCUGCUUGGAGCUUCUGUCAUGUACAAUUACACUAAUGGUUCUCCUCUCUGGCAAGAGCGAGUUAUGGGCAUCCUCAAUGCCACCUCCAUCUUCUUCGCUACCAAUCCCCCAAACGUCAUGUACGAAGUCGCCUGCGAACCUCCCAACACCUGCGAUACAGACAACUACUCAUUCAAGGCCUAUCUGGCACGCUGGCUCGUCGCAUCCAUCAAAUACGCUCCUUUCAUCCAGACCACCGUAAUGCCGUGGGUCCAGGCCUCCGCCACCGCAGCCGCACUGCAAUGCUCCGGCGGUACCAACGGUCAGAUGUGCGGGAUGAAAUGGACUCAGGGCUCUACAUGGGACGGUACACAAGGGGUGGGACAGCAGAUGGGAGCGCUCUCGAUCAUCCAGGCCAACUUGAUCGACCAGGUCACCGUCCCUGUGACGAAUAAAACUGGAGGCACGAGUAAAGGCAAUGCCGCAGCUGGCGGGGGAGGCGGCAUCUCCACAAGCAAUCCGGCGCUCUCGCAGAAUGUGAUAACGCGAGGGUCAAAAGCUGGUGCUGGGAUCCUGACGUGUCUGGUACUGAUAUCGGUGAUUGGUUGCUCAUGGUGGAUGAUCGCGUGA